UGGAGAUUUCCUUGUGUGACAAGCACACACAUUCACACUUUACAUUGCACUAUGACACAGUAGGUAACUUAUUGCACUCUCUCACGCACACAUACUGUACUUUUAACCACUUUUUUCAAACCCACUAAAAACCAGGCAUUGGGUCUAUCUCACAAAUUCUAUCACGUGCUUGUCCUUUUAUGCUCUCCUGCAAGUUGAAAGAUGUGAUUCAUGGAUGGUGAGGGGACACCUUCUGCAACAGCUGCUUGAGGUGCUGUUUUAAUCUGAUUCCCUGAAGUUCUGGUGACCACAUGGCAUUAUCAUUUAGCAAUCCAUGACUCAUUAUACAUUACUAUGACACCAGUGGGACAUCUUGUACCGCUCAACGGAUCCAGUGGAAGGGGGACUGCAUCUGAUCGUCUUGAAGCAGAUAAAGCCAAAUAUGUGAAAUCUCCACAAGUAAUACAUCGCAGGCAAAACCCAGCUAUCACCCCUGUGUUGUCCAGGAAAUCAAGCUUAAUGCCUUGUAGUUCACAAUUACAAUCUGAACAUUCUGUUAACAACCUCUUUAGCUCAACUACUCAACAAGCCUCUCGAAAGCAAAGUGAUUCCAAUUUUGAUAAAUGUAAUGAUGUGUUUACAUCUGCCACACCAAGGCCUUCCUCACCAGAAACGUUUAAACCAAAAACGAUCCUAUCUCAUUCUCGAAGCCUGUCUCCUAGUGUGCUGAGAAAUCAAGCACAUCUUAAUUUUCAGCCUCAAAAAGAACAGACAUAUAGCCCAAAUAGCAAAUUUCCUUUGUCCCAGAAUGGAAGCAACCCACAGACAACCCCUGGGUCUCCGACAACCAAUCCUCACUGUUUAAGGAGAUUGAGUGGUAAAAGAAUGAACCGGCCAGACUCCCUUAUUAUUUACAGACAGAAGCGGGAUGUGGCAUUAUCCAGCAAAGAAAACAACAACGAGGAGGCAGGGCUGGUCAUUCGGCUUCUCCAAGGGACACCACUAUUAAAAAGAAGUUCUCGGUUUUCACAACAUACAGGUCAAACCUGCAACCAAGAGGUCCCACUGUCACCACGGCUACAAAGAGGAAAAGAGAAAACACUUGUUUGCCAAACUCCUUGCCCCAUGUUCUCUAAUGUUCAAGAAGUCUCUGUAGAAGACCAGCUGACUUUUACUGAUUUUGAAGCCCAAACAUUUUUUGAGAGCUGUGGGUUGGAAGGUAGCUUGUUAAACCUACUUAAUAGCUACCAAAAAGAAGAAAACACACCAAUGGGUAGUCUGGAAUCCAUGGACAGAGUGAGCUGUGCUCUUGGUAUUGCAGAAGAGGAGAAAGAAGAAAAAACUCCAGUAUCUGUAAUUGAACGUAAUGCCCGUGUAAUAAAGUGGAUAUACAGCUGUCAUCAAGCACGUAGCAUUGGAGGGCAGGAAAAUAAGAAGCUGACUAGGGAAUCUACUGUUUGAC